UCCUCGGGCCCCGGCCAUCAGCCACGCCGACGACCCCUGCCUGCGCCUCGAGGGAGGCCCGGACCCCUAGCCAGCCGGACUGCGCGCCGCCCCCUCCCCGCUGGUCCAGGCAAGAGCCUCGCUUCCCCUCCCCCCUUCCCGCCUCCCAGGCCCGUGUCCCCGCCUUCCCCGCAGGCGACGGGUGGCGGCGGCAGGAGGAGCGGGCCCUGCCGAGGCAGCCCGGACCUUGCUCACUGGGAUGUAGCGAACCAGCGGGGACCAAAGCUGCGCGCACAGCCGGGGACGCAGCUGGAUCCGGGACCCGGCCGAAGUCGAAACCUAAGCCGGAGUCCGUGGCGAGCGAGCCCGGAGCCGACGAGCCGCACACGCAGCGCAGCCCGGGUCGGGUCGCAGCCAGGGCGGCCGGGCGCGCCCAGCCCCGGUCCCUGGAGGGCCCGCCGCGGUCCACGCCUCCAUGGACGCCUUCAAGGGCGGCAUGAGCCUGGAGCGGCUACCGGAGGGGCUCCGGCCGCCGCCGCCGCCGCACGACAUGGGGCCCGCCUUCCACUUGGCCCGCGCCGCCGACCCCCGCGAGCCGCUGGAGAACUCCGCCAGCGAAUCGUCCGACACGGAGCUGCCAGAGAAGGAGCGCAGCGGGGAACCCAAGGGGCCGGAGGAUAGCGGUGCGGGCAGCGCGGGCUGCGGUGGUGCAGAGGACCCCGCCAAGAAGAAGAAGCAGCGGCGGCAACGCACACACUUCACAAGCCAGCAGCUGCAAGAGCUGGAGGCCACGUUCCAGAGGAACCGCUACCCCGACAUGAGCAUGCGGGAAGAGAUCGCUGUGUGGACCAACCUCACCGAGCCGCGCGUGAGGGUCUGGUUCAAGAACCGGCGAGCAAAGUGGCGGAAGCGCGAGCGUAACCAGCAGCUGGACCUGUGCAAGGGCGGCUACGUGCCGCAGUUCAGCGGCCUGGUGCAGCCCUACGAGGACGUGUACGCCGCCGGCUACUCCUACAACAACUGGGCCGCCAAGAGCCUGGCGCCAGCGCCGCUCUCCACCAAGAGCUUCACCUUCUUCAACUCCAUGAGCCCUCUGUCGUCGCAGUCCAUGUUCUCGGCACCGAGCUCCAUAUCCUCCAUGACCAUGCCGUCAAGCAUGGGCCCGGGAGCCGUCCCCGGCAUGCCCAACUCGGGCCUCAACAACAUCAACAACCUCACCGGCUCCUCGCUUAACUCGGCCAUGACCCCGGGCGCCUGCCCGUAUGGCACACCCGCCUCGCCCUACAGCGUCUACCGGGACACGUGCAACUCGAGCCUAGCCAGCCUGCGGCUCAAGUCCAAGCAGCACUCGUCGUUCGGCUACGGCGGCCUGCAAGGCCCGGCCUCGGGCCUCAACGCCUGCCAGUACAACAGCUGACCGCCCAGCCCGGCCACGCGUGCCGCACGGCGCGGGGGCGGAGCACGCACGCGGGGCCUCGGUCGCCGCGCCCGGGCCUCGCGCCUGCGCAGCCCCCUCCCCCUCCCUCCGGGUUGGUUUUGUGUUUGCUUUUCCGGACCCCACUCAGCCCUC